AUGGCUACAAGCGGUCGUUACUACUCGGAGUUUCUUCUCACAGUUAUGUGUGCGCAUGCCGCAAGAUAUGAGGAGGGAAACUACGCCAAUAUCUUGCUAUCACGCGUGCGUCAUCUAUUAGGAACAGCCAUACAGCAGCCUAGCUCUAUACCUACAGUGCAAGCGCUUUUACAGCUUAGCGCGAGAGAGCUCGCGCACGGCUCCAUGUCGCAAGCAUGGAACUAUAGCGGCAUCGCUUUCCGCAUGGCGAGCGAUCUCGGCCUGGAAUACAUAGGGCCCAAUGUAAGAGGACUGGGACCCGUUGAUCUCGAGAUCAGGAAAAGAUUGUUUUGGAGUUGCUAUUUCUGGGACAAGACAUUGGCAUUAAUUGAUGAUGCAAUGGAACUUGAAGAGUGGUCGCCCUAUCAUGGCGAUUCGCUCGACCUCACAAGAUUAGCACAGAACCAGUAUCCAGACCGCAAGAGUCAUGCUGUUUCAUGUUUUGCAAACUCCUGCAAACUCUCGAUCAUAAUAAACGACAUCAUACUUCAACUCUACUCUCGCAAGAGCCGCACAAUCACUGAAGCUGCACUACGAAACAUCAAGAUGCGCCUUGAUCUCUGGCGAGUAGAGUCUCCGGCCCAUCUACGAUACGAUCCGGACAAUCUUCCGUCAGUGUGUCCCCCGCCGCACAUCAUUUCACAAAACAUGCUUUACUACACAACGAUGAUACUGGCUUAUCGCCCGUUUUGGUCAGUCUCUACACAUUACCAAGUAUGUAUUUUGGCAGCCGAAGGAAUCGAAAAGUUGGUCCUUCUCCUUGAGUCGACAUUUGGCCUGGAGAACAUCACCUACCUCAUGGGAUACUGCAUCUAUACGGGCGCGUCAGCUAUACUUGAAGAUGCCAAGAGUAGUGGCCAGGGAGCAGCCCAUCCAGUCCUCCGGACCUUCAUUCGCGCUCUUCAGUCCGGAACACGUCGUUGUCCCUUGCUCGAACGAAGCCUGAAAAUCAUCAUCAAGGGUCUCAGUCGCGUGCCACCUCAGCAAGACAACUUGCCAUCGAGAGAUGUGAACAAUUCUUACAGCAACACAAGGCUAUCUGUAGCUACAGGAGGAGCACCAGUCAAUCCUUACAUACCCGCAUUUCCGUAUCUAGGCUUAGAGCCGCAAUUCGACUUCGGUAUGGACCCAUAUUUCAACGACCAUAACAUCAACCCCAUGGCACUAUUGGACUGCUUUCCGGAGAUUCAGAUGGAUAAUGAAGAUAUUGGUCUAUCUAUUUGA